AUGCACCGCGUCAAGCACAGCCGGAACCAAAACGCCUGCGAUAUUUGCCGCAGCCGACGAGUAAAAUGCCGGUUUAGCCAGGGGAUUGAGGUUUGUGACGGGUGUCUUUUCUUGGGGACCGAGUGUACGAAUGUCAGGCCACGCAGGAAACGGGGGCCUCCGAAUCGACAUGCGGUGCGCGCGGCUGAAGCUGGCCAGGCAGGCUCGGUCCAGUCGCCUGCAGGUCAGACACCUGGAGCUUCACGGUCCAUCUGUCCAACAUCGAACAUUACAUCCAACGCUCCAGCGAGCAUCCCAUCCAACACCUCAUACAGCAUCGCACCUGACAUCUCACCUCCCCAAAGCAUCCAGCCACCCAACUCACCCCCUCAGAUAACCUCUCCUCCGCAGACCCUCUCCCCAAACCCCCCUUCUCAAGCAGUCUUUUCUUUCUCCAGCUCAGAACCAGACAUCCUCGCCCUCCUCGCGCCUCUGUCCCUCAUCAAAACCGUGCUAAACGACUGGUUCACACACAUCCACCCGCUCGCCCCAAUCCUGCAUCGAAAGACCUUUCUCGCCCGAGUACACGCCCACACCCACGCCCACCCCGCAGACCAACCGCAUAAAAACAAGACCUCUGCCCGCCUCUUCACCGGCCUCGUCAUCAGCAUCCUCGCCGCAACAUGCGCAACCCUGCGCCGAAAGUCCUUUGCCGAAUACCACCCUGUCACGCUCGAACGGUGCAAACACUUCAUCAUCACCUAUGACCUUUUACCGUACGACGGGCCGUACUGUCUUGAUUGGUGCAUUGCGAAAUAUAACCUGGGCACUGCGGCGACGGCGUAUGGAAACAUGAGCGACCCGUGGAUUUGGAGGGUUCUGGGGGAGAGCAUGACGGGUGUGAUGUGGUUGGUGGCCUUUCGGGCUGAGGCGAUGGAGGUGGCCGACCAGGAGGUGCUAAAACGGCUCUGUUGUCUGCUUAUUGUUUGUCAAAUUGCCAUCGAUAUGAUCGGCUACCAACCCAUGGGCCGCCUGGCUGUCGACACUGCAAUCUCACACUCGCUCCCUCGACCGCUGACAGACCGCGACCUCGAUCCCCCUCCGAAUCCUACUCCAUCCUCCGAGUUGCUUCCCCGGGGUGCAGACGACGACAACGUCAGCUACGUCCCCGGCCUCACGCACCUUCUCCAAAUCUUCCUCACCUGGCACACCUGCCAAACGGACCGCUUCUACUAUCCUCCCUUGCAGGUGCUCUCGACCGGCCUGUCCCGAAUCCGAAGCACGAUCGAUUCCUUACCACCGGAACUCCGCUGGCGCGGCGGAAUGUCACGGCCACAGAACGCAACGCGGGGCCAUGACAUUCAAAUCGCGAAUAUCUUCAUCACGAGUCUAUAUGUGCGAUCGAACCUACUGCAGCAGUUCGCGACCAAGGGUGAGCGCGAGCGCGAGCCCCAGCAUGAAGAGGAGCACCAUAGUAUCGUGAAUGAUCUACUCGAGGUGCUGUAUCAUCUCCCGCAGCCGAUCCUGGAGGCGAAUGGGUACAGUCUUAUUCCGAAGAUCAGGGAUAUUGGCGCGGCGUAUCUGGAGGUUUUGCAAGGGGGCGCGGAUGUUGUUGCUAUUGAUGAUGAGGCAAAGGGGAAGUUGGAGAGGUUGCUUAGAAAGUUGGGGGUUUUGGAUUUUAUACCAGAUCUAACUACUGCCUGAGCUAUGGCAUGGCAUUACUGCGGAUGCUGUAGAUGGGACGGUUUGUCUGAUUAGUCCUGCAUGACGGUGGGAUCCCAUGCGCAUGGCUCGUAUUUGUCCGUGGUCAGCUUGGCCAUGUCGCCCUCGUCCAACUCAAAGUCAAAGACCUCAGCGUUCUCCUUGAUGCGCGAGGGCGUGACGGAUUUCGGAAGCGGCACGAAUCCCU